AUGAAACCCUCAUAAACAUUCCGUAUAAAAUCCAUAAAAACUACUAUAAAUAAUAACCAUCAAUAAAAAUCCUUAUAAAUGAGUCUAAAGUGUUAAUCUUUAACAAAUAAAACUAUUAAAUAAAAAGAUUAAAUAUAUAAGAGAUUUAGCUAAAUCUAACCUUUACAUGAUCUACAAAAAUCAAUUAACAUACCUUGUAGAUAAUCCAUAGCAUCUGUGACUGAUAGUUAAAUAAGCGCAGAUGAAGAAUUUGAGAUAUGGGAUGAUAAUUAAGAUUUAAGAGUCAAAAAAAUAAUAUUAGAUGAUAAACAAUCUUCUAUCAGCCAGUUCUUGUAAUUGUACAAAGCUCGAUAUGGGUAUUAAAUAUGUCUAUUAAAGGGGAUUUCCAGGAUAAAGACAGGCUAUUUAGAAUGAAGAGGUGAUAAAAACUGCCAUUUCUUAUGCAUCGUCAAGUAAAAAACUAUUUAAAAAAUAUUUCCCUUCUAAAUUUGUUGUAUUUGAAGAUCAAAACGAUUAUUCAUAGCCUUAUGAUAUAGAGGAUGAUUAGCACUUUCAAACUUUUAAUAAAUUCUUUAGAAAUAAGAAACUAUUAUCAACUCACAAAGUAUCUUAUUAAAGUUUGAAGAAAACUCAAAAUUUUUGA